AGUGUCAGACACUAGGCCAAUAGACCAGAUAUGUCCGAUCUCGCGAAGCGCUCAUAACGCUCUUCUUCUUUACCUCGCGUACACUUUUCUUCAAUGAUUGUGAUAACUGAAAAAGAAAAAAAUUAAUUUAAAAAAAUUUUUUUGAACCUUUUUUUUUUUAGAGUUUUCAAACUUUUUAAUCGAAAAUUUUAAUAUUAAAACAAAUUUUAAAAAAAUAAUGGAAAUUAAAUGAAAUUUUAUUUAUAAAAAAUUAUUGAAAAUGAUUCAUGAAAUUUUAAAUUGAAAUCUUCCUGUUCUUCAAUUCUUGGUAGAUUGUGUAUAUAAGUGAAAAGUGAUCGUCUAAAAAUAUAAGGGUGAUUCGUGUUUAUGAAAGUUUGAUUUUUUAGAAAAAAAAAAAAAAAAAAAAUUUGUGCUCCCUUCCAUGGAUGUGAAAAGUUAAACUGAUAUUUGUGGAUGUCAAUUUUAACCUUCAUCUCUUUUUCCUUAUUUUUUAAUUUCUGUAUUUUAACAAGUGCAAGAAAUCAAGGACAAACGAAAAAAUAUGAAGGGAACUGCAAUUCAAUUAAUUAUAGCAAUUUGUCUAAUUGAUUUAACAAUUGGCCAAGGUGUACAAAAUACUCACAUUAAUUAUAAAGGCUUUGUUAGAUUAUUUUGCCCGGCUGACAAAUAUUUGGAGGAACAACCAAAAAAUCGUGUUGACACAUCAAUGAGAUUAACUCUUUUAAGAGCUGAAAUGAGUCGAAUAACAACCAUUGAGGGUCCUCCUCUUGAUGCCUAUAUAGUGACUUCUGAUGAUGAACAUCAGAGUGAAACUGUUCACGAACACGACAGAAGGAGAGAAUACAUCACAGGAUUUCAGGGAAGUUCAGGAGAUGCACUCGUUACGAUGAAUAAGGCAAUUCUUUGGACUGAUGGAAGAUAUCAUCUUCAGGCAGAUGAACAACUCGAUUGUAAAUGGACAAUAAUGAAAGAAGGACGCGAGGAUGUUCCUACAAUAACUCAAUGGUUAAUAAAUGAAUUUAAUGGUCGCAGAGCGAGGGUUGGAGCUGAUCCAAAACUUAUACCCGCGUUCAGGUGGAAACUUUGGGAAAAACAAUUUGUGAACACAUCAAUGAGUUUGGUGCCAGUUCGUGAGAAUUUAAUUGACAAUAUUUGGAAAGUUGGGAGAAAAUCCUAUAGUGAUUUGGCGGCAUUUGUUCUUGAUGAUAAAUAUUCGGGUAAACCAUGGCAGGAGAAAAUAAAACAAGUGAGAUUAGAAAUGGAAUUAUCAUCAGCCGAUGCAUUAAUAAUUACAGCCUUAGAUGAAAUUGCAUGGCUUUUUAAUAUUCGUGGUUAUGAUUUGCCAUAUACACCUGUCCUUAGGGCAUAUACAAUUAUUACCUAUGGGGCAAUUCAUCUUUAUACACCGCGCAACAAGCUGAAACGAAGUACAGAAACUCAUCUCAAAAUGGAUGCAUGUUACCAUGCAGACUGCGUCAAAUGGCAUAAUUACACAUCAUUCUGGUAUGAUAUUUCAACAAUGUCUCAAGCCUGGAAUAUUGUUUGGCUUCCCGCUCCUUGUGGAUUUGUUCAAGGGACUUCUGCAGAAAUUUUAUUUUCCAUUCCAAAGGAGAAACACAUGAUAAAACCAUCGCCAGUGAUUCAUCUUCGAGCAGAAAAAAAUGAAAUUGAAGCAAUUGGUAUGAGAAAUUCUCAUAUUCGCGAUGCAAUUGCAAUGUGUGAUUUUAUGUCGUACAUUGAAGAACAAAUGGAUUACGACACAGAUGGAUGGGAUGAGAAACAAGUUGUUAGGGCAAUUGAUGAAUUUCGUCUUGAACAAAAUUUAAGUCGUGGUUUGUCAUUUCCCACAAUUGUUGGAUAUGGACCAAAUGGUGCAUUACCACAUUAUGAACCAUCAAAUAUAUGUCGUAAAAUUGGUACUGAUUCAACACUUGUUAUUGAUUCUGGUGGACAAUAUGAUGAUGGAACGACUGAUGUAACACGAACAAUGCAUUUUGGAAUUCCAUCUUCUGAACAAAAAGAUGCAUACACAAGAGUUUUAAUUGGAAAUAUACAAUUAUCGUCAUUAAUAUUUCCCGAUGAUCUUCGAACAGAUCAAAUUGAUGUUCUUGCGCGUGAAGCACUUUGGAAAAAAGGAGAAGAUUAUAUGCAUGGCAGUAGUCAUGGAAUAGGACAUUUUCUCUCGGUUCAUGAAUCUCCAAUUAGUAUAUCAUAUCUAGGAGGAAGUGCAAAUCCAUCAGAAUGUAAUAAUAUUCGUUUAAAACCAGGAUAUUUUUUAUCAAUUGAACCUGGUUAUUAUAAAGAUUUUGAUUUUGGUGUUCGAUUGGAAAAUAUUGUUGAAGUUGUUUUAGCUGAUAAACCAAAACAAUGGGGUAAAAAUUUCUUUAAAUUCCGAGAAGUUACUCUCGUUCCAUAUGAACCGAAAUUAAUAAACGUUGAAAUGUUGACUUUAGCUCAUCGUCGGUGGUUGAAUCAGUACAAUCGACGAAUUCGAGAGGAAAUUGGACGUGAAUUGAAGCUUCAUUUGAAAGUGAGAGCCUUUAAUUGGCUGGAAAAAAAAACUCGAGUCAUUCCAGAACGAGGUCCUGUCAAUAUGGAUUUUUUCCUUGCGUCCCAUUCUAACUCAUUAAUUCGUGAAAACACAUAUCAAAUACUCUUUAGUAUUUUUAUACUUCAUUAUUUAUUUAGAUCAAUAUUUUUCAACAGCAGAUAACAAUUAUCUAUAUUUUAGUUGAUAAUUUUUCAAAAAGAAAAUUAUAAUUAUUUAUAUAUAUAUGUAGUAGAAAAUUCUUUCGGCUGUUGUAGUUAUUAAAAACAAAUAGUCGCUUAAGAAUUGUCACGUCGGCUUUUUUAAUUUUUAUAAUUUGUAGUAUUAUAUAUAUAUAUAUAGUUUGUAAAAAUAUUUAAAAAACAAUUUAUUAUUCUAUUUAAGAUUUAUUUAAGUUUAUUAUAAAUAAUUUGUUUUUUUUAUCUAAGAGGUAAAAAAAAUAGACUGCGCAAGA